GUGGGGUGCUGGAUGUCACAUACUCUUUGCAAUGUCGCGCUGUUGGCAUCGACUCGGUUGGACCCCGCAGAUUUCCGUUAUGACGAUUACCGAUCCACGAUUCGUCUGUGCUCUCGUUCUCGUUGUCAUGGCUGCAUUCUCAACUGCAACUCCGCUUCCGCUGUCGCUACCCCAACUGAAUCAAUCCUCUUCAACUACGGUCCAGUCUUUGCUGGCGGCUCAAAACUCGUCCAAUUCCACGGAAAAUGAUUUGUACGUGAUAAAGGCAGUUGUCUACGAAAUUGGAAUACUAACCGACGCCGACAAUUCCACAAAUGAUACGACAGAAAGACACGAAGAGGUGAAUCUAUCCUUCUAUGAUCCUCCUCACGAAAAAAACGGACUCUUGGAUCUCAGUGGAAUCCCGUUGCCUCAAGUGAUCGCAUCGACAACCAAUACGACAGAAUGAUUUGGGAGGAAAAUUUUGAAGCUAGACUCAUCGAUUAUCAAGUAUAUAACCUUUCGAACGGUUCGAACUUCAUAAUGUAAAUAACACAUGUACAAAACCAAAUUUUUAAGCUUUUCGCUAUAUUUAAAGAUUAUUAUUAUUAUUAUAUUUAUAUAGGUGCUGUAUACUGCAGCAUAUGUAUACCUAUUUGUAAUGAUGAAUAACUAUUAUAAGUAUCUAGCUAUUUAAUUGUUCACCUCUGACAUGAUUAAUUUACGGUGAAUUUUUCAAUAAUCUU